CUCCAUCUCCUCCUUCUUUGCUGCCGCCGCCGCCGCUGCCCCUUUCCCGGCCGGUGGCUGCCGCUGCCGGUGCUGUCGCCGCCGCCGCCUGGGGGCUGCGAGCUGAGCGGAGAUCACUGCGGAGCGCGAGCGCCGCCCGCCCCGCCGGCCGCUCCAGGGCCGGGCCGGCUCGGCCGGCGCCCCCCACGCCCCCAGCCCGCUCGCCCCCGCGGGCCCGGCCUGGCGCGGCCGCCAGCCGCCGCGCUCCUCCUCCUCCUCCUCAAGCGCCCCGCGGUCCGCCGCUUUCUCAGCUCGUCGCCCCGCGCCCCCUGCCGCGCCGCCGCCGCCACCCUCUGCGGCCCGCGCCGCCCCCCGGUCCCGCCCGCCAUGCCCGGCCCGGCCGCGGGCAGCAGGGCCCGGGUCUACGCCGAGGUGAACAGCCUGAGGAGCCGCGAGUACUGGGACUAUGAGUCUCACGCCCCGAGCUGGGGUAAUCAAGAUGAUUACCAACUGGUUCGAAAACUUGGUCGGGGAAAAUACAGUGAAGUAUUUGAGGCCAUUAACAUCACCAACAAUGAGAGAGUGGUUGUAAAAAUUCUCAAGCCAGUGAAGAAAAAGAAGAUAAAACGAGAGGUUAAGAUUCUGGAGAAUCUUCGUGGUGGAACAAAUAUCAUUAAGCUGAUUGACACUGUAAAGGACCCUGUGUCAAAGACACCAGCUUUGGUAUUUGAAUAUAUCAAUAAUACAGAUUUUAAGCAACUCUACCAGAUCCUGACAGACUUUGAUAUCCGGUUUUAUAUGUAUGAACUACUUAAAGCUCUGGAUUACUGCCACAGCAAGGGAAUCAUGCACAGGGAUGUGAAACCUCACAAUGUCAUGAUAGAUCACCAACAGAAAAAGCUACGACUGAUAGAUUGGGGUCUGGCAGAGUUCUAUCAUCCUGCUCAGGAGUAUAAUGUUCGUGUAGCCUCCAGGUACUUCAAGGGACCAGAGCUCCUUGUGGACUAUCAGAUGUAUGAUUAUAGCUUGGACAUGUGGAGUUUGGGCUGUAUGUUAGCAAGUAUGAUCUUUCGAAAGGAACCCUUCUUCCAUGGACAGGACAACUAUGACCAGCUUGUUCGCAUUGCCAAGGUUCUGGGUACAGAUGAGCUGUAUGGGUAUCUGAAGAAAUAUCACAUAGACCUAGAUCCACACUUCAACGACAUCCUGGGACAACAUUCACGGAAACGCUGGGAAAACUUUAUCCAUAGUGAGAACAGACACCUUGUCAGCCCCGAGGCCCUAGAUCUGCUGGACAAACUUCUGCGAUAUGACCAUCAACAGAGAUUGACUGCCAAAGAGGCCAUGGAGCACCCGUAUUUCUACCCUGUGGUGAAGGAGCAGUCCCAGCCUUGUGCAGACAAUGCUGUGCUUCCCAGUGGUCUCACGGCAGCACGAUGAAGACUGGAAAGCGACGGGUAAUGCGGCAUUGAUGCUUGCCAAUAAAACCAACCAACCAGACACAAAUCUUGAAGGAAAACUACAGUGUGAUAAAAAGAAAUUCUAAUCAUUCCUUCUAAACGCAAAGAAGAGUAAAGACCUAAAAGUCUGUCAAAAAGAAAGAAACUCCCCAGUACUAGUCUACAGGGAGCUGCCAUUGUGGCAGCGCGCUGAUGCACGUAGUUCAGGAUCUGAAGGAGCUCUGCCUUUGGAAUGCAUGGGAGAUGAGAGACUCGGAGUUGUUGUAAAUUUACCUUUAUUUAACAGGGCACCACAGUUGAAUUAACCUAUUCAGUCAACAAGCUCUGAAUGUCUGACUUCCUAUCUAUUCCAUUGUGGUCUGGUUUCCUUCAGUGAGAUUCAGGCUCAAGUUUUAGCAAAAGGUCAGCAGACUGUACUGAUACACCAGCCUCAUUUAUGAAAAGGAGAUAAUAAAACAGUGACAGUAUUUUUUUUUUUAAGCUCUUUUACAAAUUCAUGUUUUAUGUAUUUUUUUAUGACAUGAGCUCUCCAGGAAAUGUACCUCAUCUUUGCAGUUUUCCUUUAAGCAAACUGCAGUCACCUUCACAAGUCCUCUUUGAUGUUAGGAGGCAUCAUUUUAAACCUUGCAAUGCCAUGAACAGAUCUAUCAGUCUCAUCAAAAGUUCCAUGCUAAGUGCAUAACUUGGAGCUCACUAUAACUUUUGUUGAUUUGCCUAACCAUAAAAUCUUUGUUUAGCCUUUUUUUGUUGUUUUUUUGGCAGCCUUGUUAGGAAAACCUCACCAAUUCCCAGCACUUCCCUAUAUGUGCACCUAUUUUACUACACCUCUCUGAAACAGAGCUUUUGUUCGCAACCAUAGCUAAAGCUGGAAAGUUAGUCUUCAGGCAGGUCAGGGAGGGGGGAGACAUCUGUUAGAAUUUAUUCAGGAAAGACUUGUUUAAAAGAAAUAUAUCAUCUCUCCCUUCCCUCUUUUUAUCUCCAUAAGGAAGAAGUAAUUUCCCACUGUAAUGAGGGUAAUGUGUAUUUUUAAGCUCUGAUAUUUGAUACAUUUAUGUGAUGGCAAAGAUAAGUCUUUUGCAUGCAGGUACUGGAGUUGUACGGGCAGAACCAUCUGAUAACUCAGCAACUGAGAGCAGAGGAACAUAGAAGGGACUUGGGGAAAGAAGUGGAGCUCUUGGCACAGGUGUUAAAGCUUUGGAUCCAGUAUGCUGAUUUUCAUGUUGGCAAAGAAAGAUUUUGUUUAAAAAGAAAAACUAGGGCUAAUUUUAUUUUGGGGACUCAUUAUCAACACAGUUUACUGGCAGGGCAGUCCCCCACCCCAACUGUAGAGCCGUGCACGGCUCUGGGGACCUCACACACCUAGGCUAGGGCUAGGAGUGUCUACCACCAAUCACACUUUACGGUUUCUUUAUGAACUAUUUAAUAAUGCCAUACAUUUUUAUAAGGUUAGAUCGUUUGUUUGAAGCAUCUGUUUACAUUCCAUAUUCCAAUAAAAUCUUAUUGGUAUUAGUAGCAGGUCCUAUCUCUAAAUGUAGAUUCUAUUUUUUGUCGUUUGGUCUGUGGGAACUUAAAAUGCAAACAAAACUCUUCUCUUAUUAUAGAGUUGAGUUUACAAAUUAAAAAGUAAGAUCCCAAAACCAAGAAAUGCAUUCAGUUAAAGUUCUCAUACCAGUGCUGCCCGCCUGCAUUGCACAUUCUGUAUAUUAAUGUAAACAUUUGUUCUACAUGUAAAUGAAAAAGAAGAUGUGAGAGCUCAGCUGAACAGGUUGCUAUGGCAGGCAGCAAAAGUCAGUGUUUGGAUUAUCAAAAGCCUUCUGCUGUGCCCUUACAAGCAAUUCUGAACCGUAGGUUAUAAUCAGGGAGAUGUGCCCUGCAAGUCUUUCCUGCUCCCCCACCUACCACCUCCGUACCAGCCAUUCCCCUUCCCGCUCCCUUUUUUUUAGUAUUUCAAAAUAUUAAUUAUAGGAGUACAGAUGUUACGUGGAUAUCUCAUAUAAUGCCUACCCCUUUUUAAGUUGCCUGUCUGGACCAGGCAGGAGUAGUCAACUAGAGGGUCUUGGUGAAGCUUGGUGAAGGGUACUUGGUGAAGUAACCCUUUUACUUUCUCUUGGGUGCCCCAGAGGCAAACAGAACAUCUGGAGGAGUGUCAGGUGAUUUACCUCAGCCUCUGUAGCCUUUGACCAUAAGUUUUAGUAGGUGCCAGCACAGCUGACCUGCCUGUCCUUGGGCUCUGCGACUAUAGCUUUGACACAGGAGUUCUCCCCAUUUAAACAUACCGUUUACUUUUCCAGCAACUAUAUACUUUUUACCUCUUUUCAUGCCUUAGACGUCUUCUAGCGUAACUGGGUUUGAUAGGCUCCCUCCUCCUGGGUCUGGCCGUUCUUUCCCAAACUGAGGUGAGUCCAGCCUAGACCUUCUCUUUACCGUCUCCAAAAACCUUUUGUGUCCAGAUGGACCCUAAAACUUUAGGGUAUUUCCCUGAAUAAGGAGAUGGUCUUGGAGAGUUCCAAAAGGGGUGUGCGUGUGUGUGCAUGUACACAUGCAUGUACACCCGUGUGUGCAGGAGUGGAAGUCUAAUAGUUAGACUGGGCUGUGGUAAAUUUACCCACCCCACCCAGUAUCCUCUUCAGUUUGCCUGGUCUUAAACUCAGUAACUUUCAUUUGUUUGCUUCAUUACCUUAUAACACGUUAAAAGUGCCUAUGAUAAGGACUUAAUUAUUUCCUAAAGAAACGCAAAAAAUGUGGGGAACAGGGUAGUGUUACACUAUCAUCUCAGGUACUGCCUAUGUUCAAGGACAUAGACUUGGUGUGGUGAGAACAAAAGGUUCCUCUGCCAAAUCGACAGAUCAUCAUUUCUUGGCCACAGAUGAACAUAACCAAGGUUUGCUUUGGCUGAGAAAUCCCUUGGUGCGAGUGGAACUAAUGAAGUGCUAAGAAUCUGUAGUUUGGUGGCAGUUCGUUCUGUCCUGGAUGCUCUCAGCUGGCCUUGCACCUGUCCUGUCUCUGUAGGCCAGGUAGGUGGCUGCGUGGGAGAAGCCUUUGAUUGUAUGAUGCAGAUCAAGCUCUCCUGGGUCUUCUCAUCGGUGAGGGAAGGGCCAGUGUGUUGUUCACUGAGGCAGUUAAACACGGGUCACUCAGCUGGGCCCCCUCCUGGACAUUCUGUGACAUGUCAGUACUCGAGGUUUAAAGCAAUGUGUUCCCUUGCAGAGGAAGGUGAUCUCAGACUGACAGAGGAGAUGGAGAAGGACUUGUAAUCCUUGGGGACUUAGAGAGAGUGGCUGGGGCAGGGAUUGUCAAAAGAAAAGGAACCAAUAAGAAAUAUGAUCUAACGGUAGAUCUUGAAGAGGAGACAUACUUCUUGAGGGGAUGAAAUGAGAGGACACCAAGCUCGCGUUCUGGAAUGUGCUCUGGGGAGGGCACUGCCCCUGGGUUGGUUCCAGUGAGGCUGAAAGGUGGUGCUCUCGCGUCAGGUGCUGAGUCCCAGAGCGGGCGGGUGCCUGGGACGCAAAGUCUGUGCCUACUCAGGGAAAUGACUUAGGUUCUCCCGGGUGCUGCGUUGACAAGGACAGAAGCAGAACUACUUUGGGAUGGACACAUGCAACAACUGGAAGAAUUUUUAUAUAUGCAUUAAAUAAAUAAUGCAUUUAAUGCCAGUUCAGAUUAAAUGAUUAGUUCAGAAACCUGUGUUACUGUGUGAGCACCCACAGGAAAAAGCAAACUUCCCUCCUGCAAUAAAUGAGUGGAUAAUAACUGAUCAGAGUCACAGUCAUUUAAAUAAAUGUGUCUAAAAGCAAAAACAGGGUCCACACGAGCACACAAGGAGCCAAAGUUUGUCAGUGAGCUUAAUAAAUUAAGACUGGAUAAUGUCCUGCCUUUGAAAAACCAACCCCAGAGUGGGACUGGAGGGAACAGAAGUGGCAGGGAAACAUCUGGCCAAGAAAAACAGUAACACCAUGCUUUUGAGCUAGAUAGAUGUGUUAACGGAAACACUCCCAACCAGGUAUUGUAGAGGCUGGGAAAAGAUGUGAUGGGAUUAUACAGGUGAUACAUAUUUUUGUGUUGAGACUCAACAAUGUGCUACAAAUGUGAUACUUAACCCUGAACUGCAUGUAUUGGGGAUUGUUGAAAAAAAAAAAAAAAAACUUUGAAUCAAUAAAUUAACGGUUUUAUACUUGCUGGCUCUGCUUGCUGUAAGUGGUGACUAAGGUUGGGACAGAAAUCUUGACAUCCAGUGGGAAGCUUGGAUAACCUUCAAGAACCAUGGAGCCUUCUAUUUCCUUCUGUUUGCAGAAAAGCAACACUACUGCCUGGGUUGUGAUCUUUUGCAAGUGACUACUUCAGACACAAUUGGCCACCUCUGUAUCACUGGAUGACUGAUGUAUGAUUUAUGUGCUGCUGCCCUUAGGGGGAAGAAAAAUGCCAUGUUACAUUCUGUUUUCAUAAAUAAAAAUGUUGACAAUAA